GGGGUUGGGCGAGCCCGAGAGGCAGGAGGAUCCCCCCGACCCAGGCUCACGCCGGGUUCCCGGAUCAGGCCGCCUCCGGCCCCAUGAAGACCCCCAGGCCGGGGCUGAGAGCCUGGCGCAGCCCGGAGCGAAAUCUUGCGGCGGCCUUAGAGCGUUAGACAGGAUGCGGCUGGGCCGCCGGGCCCUCUGCGUGCUGGUCCUGCUGCUCGCCUGCGCCUCUCUGGGGCUCCUGUACGUGAGCACCCGGGACGCUCCGGGCCUCCGGGCACCUCUUGCGCUGUGGACGCCCCUGCAGGGCCCCUCCAGACCAGAGCUGCCAGACCUCUCGCCUGAGCCCCGCUAUGCACACAUCCCGGUCAGGAUAAAGGAGCAAGUGGUGAACCUGACUGCCUCUUUGGGCACCUGGGACGUGGCCGGGGAAGUGACGGGAGUGACUCUCACUGGAGAGGGGCAGCCUGAUCUCACCCUCGCCAGCCCAGGGCUGGACCAACUCAACCGGCAGCUACAACUGGUUACUUAUAGCAGCCGAAGUUACCAGGCAAACACAGCAGACACAGUCCGGUUCUCCACGGAGGGACACGAGGCCGCCUUUACCAUCCGCAUAAGACACCCACCCAACCCUCGGCUGUACCCACCUGGGUCUCUACCCCAGGGAGGUGAGGCUGCCCAGUACAAUAUCAGCGCCCUGGUCACCAUCGCCACUAAGACCUUCCUUCGUUACAAUCGGCUUCGGGCGCUCAUCGCCAGCAUCCGCCGCUUCUACCCAACGGUCACCGUGGUCAUCGCCGACGACAGCGACAAGCCAGAGAGCAUUAGUGGCCCCCACAUCGAGCACUAUCUCAUGCCUUUUGGCAAGGGCUGGUUCGCAGGCCGGAACCUGGCCGUAUCCCAAGUAACCACCAAGUACGUCUUGUGGGUGGACGACGACUUUGUCUUCACGGCGAGGACGCGGCUGGAGAGGCUUGUGGACGUGCUGGAGCGGACGUCUCUGGACCUGGUCGGGGGCGCGGUGCGUGAGAUCUCCGGCUUCGCCACCACCUACCGGCAGCUGCUGAGCGUGGAGCCUGGCGCGCCAGGCCGCGGGAACUGCCUCCGGCAAAGGCGCGGCUUCCACCACGAGCUCGUCGGCUUUCCGGGCUGCGUGGUCACCGACGGCGUGGUCAACUUCUUCCUGGCGCGCACCGACAAGGUGCGCGAGGUCGGCUUCGAUCCGCGGCUCAGCCGCGUGGCGCAUCUGGAAUUCUUCCUGGACGGGCUUGGUUCCCUGCGGGUGGGCUCCUGCUCAGACGUCGUUGUGGAUCAUGCAUCUAAGUUGAAACUGCCUUGGACCUCAAGGGAUGUGGGGGCAGAGACUUAUGCCCGGUACCGCUACCCAGGAUCGCUGGAUGAAAGUCAGGUGGCCAAACACCGCCUACUCUUCUUCAAACACCGGCUGCAGUGCAUGACCGCAGAAUGAUGGCCACUCGGGCCUUCCAACUCUCAGGCUGGGCCUGCCUCCUUGUCCCUGCCAGGAAUUUCUAGCAAACCCCACCCACCACCCAGUGACUACUCCACUGACUGUCCCUGAUCCCCUUCAGAAUCCGAUCCCAAAUAGGGGCUUGUCCUGGUGACGCUCCUCCUUUCUGCGAGUGCCCAGCGAUGCGAUGGAGCCAUAACUCGACCCACGGCCAGUGCCAAGUCCUCCCCCCAACCCUCUUCUCAUGGGGCAGGAAGUGGGGGGGGGUCACUUUCCAAGUGCCAAAAAGCCCAUGGGGACUCUAAGAACCUAAAAUGGAAAUACUCUCAUCUCCUUGGGACUGAGGGGAUGGGGAAGCCCCCCAACGUGUAUUCCCAGGGCUGUGCCCCCUCCCCCAUCUCUGGAUCCAGGACUCUGUGCACCGGUUCCAGCCCCACCCCUGUGGAGAGAACCAGUGACUCCGGAGCUGGGGUGGGGGCCGGUGAACACACAAGUGAAAG